AGAAAAACCUGGCAAAUUUUCACGCAAAAAAUGAAAAAGUGGAUAACCCUUAAAUCAAACAAUGACCUGUCUCCAUUGGAUCUAUGGUAGCCUACAAAACAGAGACAAAGGACAAAUAGGACAGAAGGAGACAUAAAGGACGAUGUCCUUGGUGGUUCUCUUGAUUUUCUUUGGAUUGUUGGGGCAAACUUGUGAAAAUCUGAAUAAUGUGUCUUGCUCAGCAUCAUCAACCGUUACACCACAUAAUGUGUCUGCAUCAAACUCAACCGUUAUGGAAAAGGCUCAGACGAUUAACAGUGUACUGCGACAGUGGCCAGCUGCUAAUCGUACAGAGACCAAAGUUAUUAGGAGGGGGCCAUAUGUUUUUGCAAGACAGUACUGGUAUCCCAGUUUAGAAAUAGCUCUUAAAAGACCACAACCCACAUCACCUGCGUUUACAAUGGCCAUAACACCAACAUUAUCAAAUACAGCACAGCCAUCAAACAUCAUACCAACAAACACAACCAAAAAGAAAACUACCUCGAGACAAAUAUCACCAACUACAGAGCCAACAACAUCAACAGUGCCACCAACAAUCAUCACUCCAAUAACAACAGACUUACAACAACAAACUACUGAAUCAGGACAACUAACAAUUGCAACAAAUUCCGGACUUUCAACAAACACCUCAAGUCAACAAACAGGCAUCACAUCAAAGCACACAAUGACACCUCCAUUAACCAGUACCCCACAAGCAACUACAUUAACGGAGCAAAUAAACAACACAACAAAGCUGACAACAACUACCUAUAUACAAAAACCGGAGAUUACAGAAUCAGUGGGUACAGCUACUAGUGUACAAGAAACAACUAUACCGGGUGACACAACUGAUGAAAAAACAUGGAGUGCAGUUUCAUCUACAAAUCUGCCAACUACAACUGGAAAAAUAAAAUUCACACCAGCAUCACCGGACACAGCAUUUGCUCAGACAUCUUCAGUGGAAUCAGGAACCACAAAAUUGGCAACAACCGCAAUACCCGAAACAGGUACAACAGUUGAAGGACCAGUCAAACCAACAUCACCGGUCUCCACAGCAACUGGAACAACAAAAAGGCCGACAACUGCAUUGCCCAAAACAGACAAAACCGUUAAAACAACAAUGCAAGAGGUUACAACAGAAACAGUGACGGAAACUGGCUCAACUGCAGAGGAAAUCACAAGAACUUUUGAAAAUCCCAAAAUGAACACAACACAUGAAACUCCCAACAAAAUAACAGAGUCUGUAUCUGAAAUGGUACCAUCACCAGCAACCAUAUCAACUGGAGUAGCAGAAUCAAAUGGUAGUGCAGCUACAACAAGAUCAACAGGAGUGUCAUCAGCAUUCCCAGCAACUGCAUCAGGGACAGACAGUUCUGCUUCAAUAGCGCAUACUACACUGGAAGAACAAUCAACAUUUGCAUCAAUUACAACUAAUGAAUCAGGGACAAGCACCGCAGCAACUGUUAUUAAUGAACCAGAAACACAUGUAACCACACGAGCUGAGCACGAAUCUGCAACACAGGUGAAGCCAGUUACUGUGGCUCAUACCUUAGAGGGACAGACCUCUGGCAUUAGAAUAACACAAGAGCCUGCAACACAAAUUGAUAAUGAUUCUACUCCUCCUAAAACCUCAGCAUCAGAAUUAGCUCAUGUUACAAUGGAGCCUUUACCAGGCAAAACUGAAUCUGCAACACAAGAUUCCGUUAACCCACCAACAGAAGCUUAUACCUCAGAAGGAUUAACAACUGUCAUCAAAGUAACACAAGAGACUGUUACACAAGCUGAUAAUGAUACUGCAUCAACAGCACAUAUUACUAACACUGAAGAAUCAACAAAUGUGACUACUACAGCAAGUGUACCAGGUACCCACCCAUCAGUAAAUACUAUAACUGAAAUGGAUACCGAUGUAACCCAAACUACACCAGCUGAGGGUUCAUCCUCUGUAAUAAAUUCUGCAACAGAAGAAACAAGCACAACAACAACAACAGGCCUAGCAAAGAUGUCUACUCUUUCCAAAACUUCAAUCUCUGCACCAGAUUUAUCUCAUGUUACAAUGGAGCCUUUACCACACAAAACUGAUUCUCAAACACAAGUUUCUGUUAACCCACCAACAGAAGCUCAUGCCUCAGAAGGACCUACAACUGUCUUCACAGUAACACAAGAGCCUGCAACACAAGUUGAUACUACAUUUAAGGAAUUAAACACAGAGGGACUAACAAAUGCACCUACUAUAGCAACUGAUUCAGAAACAAGCACAUCAGCAAGUGUUAAAAAUGAAUCCAAGACUACACCAGUUGAGGAUUCAUCCCCUGCAAUAAAUUCUGCAACAGAAGAAACAACAACUUGGCUAGCAACGGCGUCUACUCUUCCUAAAAGCUCAACCUCGGCACCAGAUUUAUCUCAUGUUACAAUGGAGCCUUCACCAGACAUAACUGAUUCUACAACACAAGUUUCUGUUAACUCACCAACGGAAGCUCAUGCCUCAGAAGGACCUACACCUGUCUUCACAGUAACACAAGAGCCUGCAACACAAGUUGAUACUACAUUUAAGGAAUUUAACACAGAGGGACUAACAAAUGCACCUACUAUAGCAACUGAUUCAGGAACAAGCACAUCAGCAAGUGUUAAAAAUGAAUCCAAGACUACACCAGUUGAGGAUUCAUCCCCUGCAAUAAAUUCUGCAACAGAAGAAACAACAACUUGGCUAGCAACGGCGUCUACUCUUCCUAAAAGCUCAACCUCGGCACCAGAUUUAUCUCAUGUUACAAUGGAGCCUUCACCAGACAUAACUGAUUCUACAACACAAGUUUCUGUUAACUCACCAACGGAAGCUCAUGCCUCAGAAGGACCUACACCUGUUUUCACAGUAACACAAGAGCCUGCAACACAAGUUGAUAAUGAUACUGCAUCAACAGCACAUAUUACGUUUACCAAAUCAAACACAGAAGAAUCAACAAAUGCAACUACUACAGCAAGUGUACCAGGUACCCACACAUCAGUAAAGGCUAUAAAUGAAACGGAUACAGAUGUAACCCAGACUACACCAGCUGAGGGUUCAUCUACUGUAAUAAAAUCUGCAACAGAAGAUACAAGCACAACAACAACAGGCCUAGCAAAGGUGUCAACUCUUUCCAAAACUUCAACCUCUGUACCAGAAUUACCUCAUGUUACAAUGAAGCCUUCAUCAGCCAAAACUGAAUCUGCAACACAAGUGUCAAUGAAGCCAGUAACAGAAGCUCAUGCCUCAGAAGGAUUUACAACUGUCAUCAAAGAAACACAAGAGCCUGCAACACAAGCUGAUAACGAUACUGCAUCAACAGCACAUAUUACGUUUACUGAAUCAAACACAGAAGAAUCAACAAAUGUGCCUACUACACCAAAUGAAUCAGGAACAAGCACAUCAGCAAGUGUUGUAAAUGAAUCAGAAACAAGUGCAUCCAAGACUACCCCAGUUGAGGGUUCAUCUGCAAUAAAUUCUUCCACAGAAGGUAUGAGGACAACAACACCAGGCCUAGCAAAGAUGUCCACUCUUCCCAAAAACUCAAUCUCUGUACCAGAAUUACCUCAUGUUACAAUGGAGCCUUCAUCACCCAAAACUGAAUCUGCAACACAAGCGUCAAUGAAGCCAGUAACAGAAGCUCAUGCCUCAGAAGGACCUACAACUAUCAUCAAAGAAACACAAGAGCCUGCAACACAAGCUGAUAACGAUACUGCAUCAACAGCACAUAUUACGUUUACUGAAUCAAACACAGAAGAAUCAACAAAUGUACCUACUACACCAAAUGAAUCAGGAACAAGCACAUCAGCAAGUGUUGUGAAUGAAUCAGAAACAAGUGCAUCCAAGACUACCCCAGUUGAGGGUUCAUCUGCAAUAAAUUCUUCCACAGAAGGUAUGAGGACAACAACAGCAGGCCUAGCAAAGAUGUCCACUCUUCCCAAAAACUCAAUCUCUGUACCAGAAUUACCUCAUGUUACAAUGGAGCCUUCAUCACCCAAAACUGAAUCUGCAACACAAGCGUCAAUGAAGCCAGUAACAGAAGCUCAUGCCUCAGAAGGACCUACAACUAUCAUCAAAGAAACACAAGAGCCUGCAACACAAGCUGAUAACGAUACUGCAUCAACAGCACAUCUUACGUUUACUGAAUCAAACACAGAAGAAUCAACAAAUAUACCUACUACACCAAAAGAAUCAGGAACAAGCACAUCAGCAAGUGUUGUGAAUGAAUCAGAAACAAGUGCAUCCAAGACUACCCCAGUUGAGGGUUCAUCUGCAAUAAAUUCUUCCACAGAAGGUAUGAGGACAACAACAGCAGGCCUAGCAAAGAUGUCCACUCUUCCCAAAAACUCAAUCUCUGUACCAGAAUUACCUCAUGUUACAAUGGAGCCUUCAUCACCCAAAACUGAAUCUGCAACACAAGCGUCAAUGAAGCCAGUAACAGAAGCUCAUGCCUCAGAAGGAUCUACAACUGUCAUCAAAGAAACACAAGAGCCUGCAACACAAGCUGAUAACGAUACUGCAUCAACAGCACAUAUUACGUUUACUGAAUCAAACACAGAAGAAUCAACAAAUGUGCCUACUACACCAAAUGAAUCAGGAACAAGCACAUCAGCAAGUGUUAUAAAUGAAUCAGAAACAAGUGCAUCCAAGACUACCCCAGUUGAGGGUUCGUCUGCAAUAAAUUCUUCCACAGAAGGUAUGAGGACAACAACACCAGGCCUAGCAAAGGUGUCAACUCUUUCCAAAACUUCAAUCUCUGUACCAGAAUUACCUCAUGUUACAAUGGAGCCUUCAUCAGCCAAAACUGAAUCUGCAACACAAGUGUCAAUGAAGCCAGUAACAGAAGCUCAUGCCUCAGAAGGACCUACAACUAUCAUCAAAGAAACACAAGAGCCUGCAACACAAGCUGAUAACGAUACUGCAUCAACAGCACAUAUUACGUUUACUGAAUCAAACACAGAAGAAUCAACAAAUGUGCCUACUACACCAAAUGAAUCAGGAACAAGCACAUCAGCAAGUGUUGUAAAUGAAUCAGAAACAAGUGCAUCCAAGACUACCCCAGUUGAGGGUUCAUCUGCAAUAAAUUCUUCCACAGAAGGUAUGAGGACAACAACACCAGGCCUAGCAAAGAUGUCCACUCUUCCCAAAAACUCAAUCUCUGUACCAGAAUUACCUCAUGUUACAAUGGAGCCUUCAUCACCCAAAACUGAAUCUGCCACACAAGUGUCAAUGAAGCCAAUAACACAAGAGCCUGCAACACAAGAUACUAAUAAUUCUUUAUCAACAGCACAUGAAUCGAACACAAACAAAUCAACAAAUGCAACUACCUCAGCAAGUGCUCCGGGUACAAACACAUCAGCAAAUGGUAUAAAUGAAACAAAACCAAAUGCAACCAAGGCUACACCAGUUGAAGGUUCAUCUGUAAAAAAUUCUUCAACAGAGGGUACGAGGACAACAACAACAGGCCUAGCAAAAGUGUCCACUCUUCCCAAAAACUCAACCACGGUACCAGAAUUACCUCACAUUACAAUGAAACCUUCACCAGCCAAAAGUGAAUCUCCAAUACAAGUUGCGCCAACUGCAUCAAAACCAAAUGCAUCCGCUACAACUGUAAUACUGGAUUUGUAUACUGCUCCUCCUUUUCUUAAUGAGGGAGGCAUAGGCUUAACAUUCAGUCUAAAUGACACUUUUGAGCCAACAUAUAAGACCAGAACAACCCCUACCUUCCUUAUUCUGGCCAAUAAAGUGGUUAACAUGAUAAACAAACUUUACAAGGAAAAGUUUAAAGAAUUCAAACGGUCAAGAGUCAACAGUUUCUCGAAGGGAUCAAUUGUAGUUGAUAUGACUCUGGUCUUUGAGAACACUUCUGUAGUCCCAAGCAUCCUUCAAGUAGAAGAUGUUCUAUACAAUGCUGUUGAGAUUGACAAUCCCAUGAAAGUCAUAAUUGGAACAAUUAAAGCAGAGCCUUUAACUACUACAACUGCACUUACCACACCUAGUCAUGCAAAUAUUGUACAAAAUACUACCAUGAACUUGACAGCAAUCACAGGGCACACAAACACGGCAUCUACAUGGAUGAUUCACUAUUCAAUAGUGGCUAUAACUGCCACCAUCAUUGUUUUUGUAACUCAAGCUUAACAGAUUUAAACAAAGUGCAAGGCAAGCUGAUAAAGAAGAUGCAAUACAGUUACAUUUUAGACAUGUUAGACAUUGAAAUUGAAAUUCAUAGGUUUUUGAAGAUACAAACUCACAAGUAAAGUUAAUUACUAUAUGUUUUUCAUCACUCUACUAACUCUAAGGUUGUGGUGCACCACUUUCUGCACUUUAAUUCAGAAUAAAAUAGUUUUAUUAAAAUACUGAUUUGUAUUUUUAUAUUGUGUUGUAUUCCAUAAUUAUAACAUAUGUCAUAAACUGUUUUAUAACAGAAGCUGGUUGAUAAAAUAGGAAAAUGGUGACUAUUUUAAAGAUGCUAUUUAAUUUAUCUGAGAUUGGGAUUUUUCUUCACAAAACAAUUUAAAUAUUUACAUUUCUGUUUCUUUUUAGUUUGGAGUAAAGUUGGAGUUAAAAAAGGGGAAAAGAAACAUUAAUUCAGACUAUAGCAAUUCUCUUUAUAGUUUGGGUCGGACAAACCAUUUUUUGUUGGAUUAUAAUUUAAAUUUGCAAAAUCAGAUAAAUUAAAGAAACAAAAUAUUUAACACUGAUUAUUCUUUCACUAUUGUUUAAUGCUUAUAUAAUUUUGCUUAAUGUCAAUGAACUGAUAUUAUAUGGGUAUUCUGUUUUUUCUUU